AUGCGCAUGCGCAUCGCUUUCUAGCACUUUGCGUGUGACUGGAGAUACUAGUUGCGGGUAGUUAGCUAGUCAGCCAGUCUACAUCCGUAUCAGUGAAAUAGAACGAACAUUUCAUUCCAAUUAAGAUAAUUUUCUGUUUACUUCGAAGUAAGUGCUAGUUAGCGCAGUUUUGCUCACUGCUGCUUUGCUAUAGAUUCCGUUUAGCUCGGGCGCAGUGAGUGUCGGGAAGUUUGGCGGUUUUAUCCUCCGCAUUGUUUGGGAACCGGCAUACAUUAGCCCGUAGCUAAGCUAACUUUAGCCGUUGUCUGAGUUGAGUGAAGCUCGGUUUUCUAGCGGCUAGCUGUGAUUAGUGCAUCUCCUGUUAUCAAGACUUGUUUGUUGUUAUAUACUGAAGUCUGUGGAAGAAAAUAUUCGUUAGAUUUUUUUCAAAAAUGGCCGCAACGGCACUCGAGAUGGACGGAAGUGUAAUGGAAGGGGGAGGACAGAUCCUGAGGGUUUCAGCUGCGCUCAGCUGUAUCCAAGGCGCUUCUCUGAAAAUCAACAAAAUCCGCGCAGGAAGAAGCACCCCGGGAUUAAGGCCUCAGCAUCUGUCAGGCUUGGAGCUGCUGAGGGACAUGUGUGAUGGGAAUCUAGAGGGAGCCACUGUGGGAUCCUCAGAGAUCACGCUGACUCCUGGGAAGAUGAAGUGCGGGAACUACAUCGCCGAUACACAGACCGCUGGGAGUGUUGGGCUUCUGCUGCAGAUCUCGCUGCCCUGUGUGCUGUUCACUGAGGGACCUUCAGAGCUCUGCUUGAAAGGAGGAACCAACGCUGAGAUGGCUCCACAGAUCGAUUACACAAUCAAGGUGUUCAAACCCAUUGCCGAGAGAUUUGGUGUACAGUUCGACUGUGAUUUAAAAAUGAGAGGUUACUACCCGAAAGGUGGUGGAGAAGUGGUGGUAAAGGUGAACCCUGUGAAAGAACUGAGUCCCAUCAACAUGACUGAGAGAGGGAACAUCACAAAGAUCUACGGGCGGGCUUUCGUGGCUGGAGUGCUGCCUUUCAAGCUGGCAAAGGACAUGUCUGCUGCAGCUGUGCGCACCAUCCGAAAAGAGAUAAAAGAUCUUUACAUCAACAUACAGUCUCUGCAAGAGAAAGACAAGGCCUGGGGAAAUGGAAAUGGCAUCAUAAUCAUCGCAGAGUCCUCUACCGGCUGUAUUUUUGCCGGUUCAGCUCUUGGAAAGAAAGGUGUUUAUGCAGAUAAAGUUGGCAUCGAGGCAGCUGAGAUGCUCCUGAGGAACAUCAGGCACAACGGCUGUGUGGACGAGUUUCUGCAAGACCAGCUGAUUAUCUUCAUGGCCUUGGCUAAGGGCACGUCCCGGAUGCGCACAGGACCGAUCACUCUACACACACAAACGGCCAUCCAUGUGGCGGAGCAGCUCACUAAGGCCAGGUUUGCGAUACGCAGAGCAGAUGAUGAACACGCCAACAAUGAUACCUACAUCAUCGAGUGCCAGGGAGUAGGCACCACCAACUCCAACCUGUGAGCUCGCCUUCUGAGUUCCGACCAAGGCUGCUGGAGGUCACGUAGCAGAAACGCACUACUGUAACCAACUGGAUGGCACGAAGACGCCGUCGUCUCGGCGUUCCUCUUCAAGCUUCCACAUGGAACGGUCGCUUCAUUGGUCUUUGAGCUGACCCCGAGUUGGUCUGCUUUGUCCAUGCUUUUUAUAAUAAUCUCCCAUUUCUCAAAUGACUUUUGUUACUCAGGGUAUUGCCUUACACUGUAACUGAGCGUCGUCUGUCCUAGGAGCUCUUUUUUUUUUUUGUUUUGUUUUUUUUUUUGCAUUAAUGAUUAGUUGGUUAGAAUCUUCAGUAUUUAACCAGAUGGGGUUUUUUUUUAAUCCACUUUCCACUUUUGUGUGCUAAACACGAGCCUUAAAGAAACCGCAAUUUCACAAACGCAAUCAGAACACAGUUCAAAUCCUGAUCAUGUGCAUGGAACUAGGAAUAUGUAUUUCCCCAGUAAUUAUAGUGCACUAUGUGUACAUGGAGCUUAACAAAAUGGUCUGCUUACCCUGAACAAAAAGAAUUGUUUAUGUAGCUGCUUUGUCUCUUUUUGUAAAUUAUUUAAGUUGAUGUAUUGAAUGAACAACACCAUGUUGUUUUUUUGUUUUAUUUCUUUAUAUUUCAUUUGAAGCUCACUGUUUAGCUUUAUUAGGUUUGAGGUGGUGGGCUUGGUGGAAUCCCUUAAUUUUCAGUUUCUCAAUUGUAGUGCUUACUACAUUAUUUAUGAGAAGGGAUUAUAUGUGGUGGUGAUUGCCUUUUUCUUUUAUUUUUGCUUCACUGUAGCUGACAAUGACCUCUGUUUAUUUACUUUAAGAUAUUUUUGAAAGAGAAAAGAUCACAAUAAAUUAGUUAAGAAUA